AUGUUCAAGAAACCUGUUGAUGUGAAAACCAUACAGCGCUUGUCUGGGGCUGACAAAAAGAAGCUAAGAAGAACUGCCAAGGAAAGGUUUCCACAGGCUUCUGAUGCUGAUCUCGAUGCCAUCCUGCCUCCCAAGGUUGAGAUAACAGUUGCUAAGUACCCAAAUCAUGCUCUUGUAUAUGGCAUAGAGGGAGAGUUCCCAAUGAUUUUCAACACUGAUGCAAGAGGCCAUGAACUGUUUCCUACAGUUUAUGCGCUUUGGAAGGUCCCCCAUCUGUUGCCAGCUUUUACGCUUAAAGGUGGUGAGGUUUCACGUUUCGUGAUUGGUGGCGCUGAUCUGAUGUUUCCUGGUAUCAGCAUACCUCCAGAAGGGUUUCCAUCUUUUGAAGCUGGCCAACCAUGGGCUGUAAAAGUUCCUGGUAACCCUGCUCCAAUUGCGGUUGGGAGCACAACUAUGAGUAGUACUGAAGCCUUGAAGGCAGGGCUACGUGGCAAGGCUUUAAAGAUUUUACAUUACUACCGUGAUAUGUUAUGGGAUUCGGCUGAUGGUCGUUAUGUCCCCAAUGAAGGAUUUUUUGAUGACAUUGUUGUUGAAGAUCCUAAUUCUGUUUCAACAUCUCAGUCUCCUGAUUCUGCUGAAGAACCUGAAGGCACGAAUGAUGGUAGUGUUUUGGCUGAAGAUGCAGGAGUUGAUAUUUCAGACAAUCAUGGUGCUGAUCCUGCCAUCCAGAGUGAAGCCGUGGAAGAGAUAACUGAUGCUGUUAACGAACUAAAACUGCCUGAAGAUAAAACCACUGAACAAGCACCUGUUGAAAUGGAACAUCACAAUUUGACAACUGAGGAAAUUGAUUCUCUCUUGGACAAAUGUCUUCUGCAAGCGCUAUACACAAGCAUUAAAGAAAAAGACCUUCCAAUGCCAGGAAGUACACUAUGGGCAAAUCACAUACUACCCUGUAGACCUCCUGGUGUUACUCUUGAUAUCAAAAAGUCAUCACACAAAAAGUUGUCAAAGUGGUUACAAUCAAAAUCUUCAUCUGGCCUUAUUUCAGCAAAGGAGGACAAAUAUAAGAAGGAAGUUAUAUUGCUUGCUAUCAAUCGUAAGCAUCCAGACUACAUGGCCUUUAGACCGGAAAAGAGGGUACAGGAGCUUGUUGAACACGAAAAGGAUGUUGCUGAAAGUAGUGUCACUAAGCAAUUGGAGGUUGCAGAGAUUUAUAAGCCAAGUUCUCAUGUUAAACCCAUAUUUGUGGCUGUCGAAGCUGACAUGGAGACGUAUUACAGUGCACCAGAGGCUUCAGAUAUAGUCUUCAGGUAUGUCGAAAAGGAAAAUUUGGUUAAACCUACAGACAAGGCCAAGGUGAUUCUUGAUGUUACAUUAUGUGAUGCAUUGUACAAAGGGGCUAUCAAAAAGGGUUCGGCAUACCCAACUGAAAUCCACAAGAAAGACUUGGGUUCAACAUUUUUAAACCGCAUGCAAGUUCACCAUAAAGUAUCAAGAGGAACUCAGGAGGUCAUACGCAAGGGUGCCAUAAGAACUAUUCAGAUCAUGACAGAAAGAAGACAGGGUAAUAAGAAGAUGACUCGGCUUUCUGGGCUCGAGUGUUUUCUGAUGGAUCCUGAUUCAUUGGCUUCUGAACUCCAGAAAAAAUUUGCCUGCAGCACCACCACAGCAGAGCUUCCAGGUAAGAAAGGACAGUACGAGGUCUUGGUACAAGGUGGAGUGAUUGAUGACCUUGCAAAACACCUUGUCGACCACUAUGGUGUUCCAAAAAGAUACAUCGAGGUUUAUGACAAAACAAAGAGGUAG